UUUCGCGCGACCGCGGGGACCGCGUCCGGGUCAAUUUUGAAGGUCGUGCUCUUGGUGGAGGGUGGAGGGUUGAUGCUGGAUCGAAAGUUGCGUAGAUACUCGGGCUUUGGAGCAAAGGAUCAACAGGACACAGGGAAGCUAAAAGGGAUUGUGCGCGUCAGCUGAGAAGCAUGUCUGCAUCCCUGGCGGCGGUCGGAGCCACCGGCUACGGCCUGCCCGCCUCCCAUGCAUACAGCAGGGCCCCGAGAAAGCCAGUGCAAAGCCUGCUUGGUGGCCAUGCUUGCAUCAGCCAUGCGCAUGUUGGGGGGUAUCAGAACAAGCAGCAGACGUUGUUGAAAGUCACGAAAUUGGCCCCCCAUCAGCAUGCGGCGCCCGCCGCCAGCUGUCAGGACCCCCUUCGAAGGAGUGCGCAUAGGGAAGCUUUUGGUAGCUCUGCCCACCAGCUUCAAAUCUCUAGUCCAGGCUGGAACAAAUUUGAUCUGAGCACUCUCUCUUCUUGGCACUGUCUUGGUGGCACCACCAGAGGUUUUCUGCCCAGAACUUCACCCCCGUCACUCCCCACCACUGCAAACCGCCGGUGCAUCGUAGCUGCCCGGAAAGACCGGCGAUGGCCCCCCUGGGGAAGGGAUCGAAGGGACCGGUCCAGCAGCACUCUAGUUUUUGCCCUCGGUCUAGUUGGUCUCGUCGUGCCCGUGCUUCUGUCAAGCGCGGGCGUAGUUGCAGCUGCAUUCACGAUCCCAACAAUUGCUGUAAGCGUAGGCGCCGUUGCAGCGCUAUCAGCCCUUACGGCGGUCUUGGCGAUUGUUGGCCCGCUGCUCCUCUUCUUUGUCCCCGUGUUUGGUUUGCCCCUUGCUUUACUCUCAGGGUUUGGAUUUUGGGGCUUCGGGGGGGUGGUUCGGACUGUUUUGGACAUCGUGCUCACGCUCACAAUCACAAGCAACUUUGUGGGGGCGUUAGUGAGCCGGGCGCAGAGGAAACAAGCGGCAGAGUCCGAAGAAGAAGAGAAACUCUCGCUUGGAGAACAACUGAAGCGGAUGGCCUUAGCGGAAGUCGAGAGGGGCUUGCGAGACAUGAGGAGUAAUCUCCCUUCUGAGAUGGGGCAGAAGAAGGCUCAGAAGCCCGUCAAAAAAGAGAGUGCAGAGGACUUAGCGGUGAGGAGGGCGAACGAGGCAAAUGAGGCAUUGAGAGAGGUGGCGAACGUCGCUUGGUGGGGGCCCACAGUCCUCAGUUUGGUGCCAGGGCUCAAUGGGCUGGCCUGGUUUGCGGCAACGGAUGCUUUCCCAACAGCUGUGCAAGGUACCCGCCGCGGCGCCUUCAUCCGCAAUGCCCUCAUCUACGGCGCUCCUGCACUGCUGUACCUCUUGUCAGCCCCGUUCCAGGGGGUAUCAGUCCUGGGGUAUUUGAGGGGUGAGGCAUGGUGGCUGUCGCUCGUGUUUGGGCUGGUGCACCUGCAACUAGAGCGGAAGGACAUGGUCGAGGAGGCACGCACGCGUGCGCGAGAAAGCGCACUCCCGGAGCCCGACGAGCUGGAGCGCGCGUCGAAAGAGUUGAUGGAGUUCGACGCUCAGUUGUCGCGUGUGGCGUGGUCGAGCGAAACGCCGUCGAAGUGGACGGAAGCGAACGUCGGGGAGUGGCUGCGCGCCGAGGGGCUCGGUCGCUUGGUGGGCGCUUUCGCCGAGCAACACAUUGACGGCUCGGUGCUUCUGACACUCAAAGGCGACGAAUUGCGGGACGAGCUGGGUAUCACCAGCUUGGGCGACCGAAAGAGAAUUUUGGCGGCAAUCGAGCGGCUGCAAGCCAAGGAUAAGGAGUGGGCCGCUCGGGUUGUGCAAGAGCUGGAUACGUGACAGUAAUAGCUGUAUCAUAGAUGUUCACUCUCACUUUGAUUCAUUAGGCGGGCCUCUUUGUUUGGAUCCCCUUGUAUACUUUGACGCAAAGCUCAUCAUAGCAUGCCGGUCAAUGUACGUACGUACGAGAUCAACCCUUUGUACCCAAACAACGCUGGACACGAUCGAUCAACUGAUAUCGUUAUGCAACCUUGCUUCCAACAACCGAACAGAAGAACAGGCAUGGUCCCCUCCAUUUCAGUAGCCCCUCCAUUCGUAC